CCCGUGAUCUCUUGCAUGCGGAAAGAACGCUAGCAGAAAGUGAGAAGAUGGGUGUAAAAACAUUUACUCAUAAUUCCCCUGCCCAUAGCCAGGAGAUGCUGGGAAAGCUCAACAUGCUUCGCAACGACGGCCACUUCUGCGAUAUCACCAUCCGUGUCCAGGACAAGAUCUUCCGGGCGCACAAGGUGGUUUUGGCCGCUUGCAGUGACUUCUUCCGCUCCAAACUCGUUGGCCAAGCAGAAGACGAGGGCAAGAGCGUGUUAGACUUGCACCACGUCACGGUGACUGGCUUUAUACCCCUCCUGGAAUACGCCUACACCGCAACACUAUCUAUUAACACCGAAAAUAUUAUCGACGUGUUGGCUGCGGCCAGCUACAUGCAGAUGUUCAGCGUGGCCAGCACGUGCUCCGAGUUCAUGAAGUCGAGCAUUUUGUGGAACACGCCCAACAGCCAGCAGGAAAAGGUGCUGGACGCCGGGCAGGAGAGCGGCGCCAACUGCAAUUUCACUUCUCGAGACGGCAGCCUGUCCCCCGUGUCCUCGGAAUGCAGCGUGGUGGAAAGAACCAUUCCCGUGUGCCGCGAGUCGCGGAGGAAGCGCAAGAGCUACAUCGUGAUGUCCCCCGAGAGCCCGCUCAAGUGCAACACGCAAACCAGCUCCCCCCAAGUGCUCAAUCCUUCCACUUCGUUCCCCGAGUCCAGGAGCCAGCCUGUAGACUCCUCCUUAGCUUUCCCCUGGACUUUUCCCUUCGGGAUUGACCGAAGACUUCAGUCCGAGAAGGUGAAGCAGGUGGAGAACUCGAGGACUUUGGAAAUGCCCGGCCCCUCGGAGGCGACCCGGCGCAUUUCCGACUACGUGGCUUGCGAGAGCACCAAAGGCAGCUCGCCCCUCGUGAUCGAGGAGGACGUGCGUGUCAAAGUGGAGCGCCUGAGCGACGAGGAGGUGCACGAGGAGGUUUCGCAGCCCGUCAGCGCGUCCCAGAGCUCGCUGAGCGACCAGCAGACGGUCCCCGGGAGCGAGCAGGUGCAGGAAGAUCUCCUCAUCAGCCCCCAAUCUUCCUCUAUCGGCUCAAUAGAUGAGGGGGUGACGGAGGGAUUGCCCACACUCCAAAGUAGCUCUGGCACCAACGCUCACGCCGAUGACGAUGAUCGUUUGGAGAACGUUCAGUACCCCUAUCAGCUCUACAUCGCUCCUUCCACCAGCAGCACAGAGAGACCCAGCCCAAACGGCCCAGAUAGACCUUUUCAGUGCCCGACCUGCGGGGUCCGCUUCACUCGCAUUCAGAACCUAAAGCAACACAUGCUUAUCCACUCAGGCAUUAAACCAUUUCAGUGCGACCGCUGUGGGAAAAAGUUCACCCGCGCUUACUCGCUCAAGAUGCAUCGCCUGAAGCACGAAGGUAAACGCUGUUUCCGGUGCCAGAUAUGUAGUGCCACUUUCACUUCCUUCGGGGAAUAUAAACACCACAUGCGGGUUUCCCGGCACAUUAUCCGCAAGCCUCGGAUUUACGAGUGCAAAACAUGUGGCGCCAUGUUUACCAACUCUGGAAAUUUAAUCGUUCACCUGAGGAGCUUGAACCAUGAAGCGUCAGAGCUAGCAAACUACUUCCAGAGCAGUGACUUCCUAGUACCGGACUACCUAAACCAGGAACAAGAGGAGACCCUCGGGCAGUAUGAGCUAGGGGAGCAUGGCUUUGAAAGCAACUCUUCUGUCCAAAUGCCUGUCAUUUCCCAGGUCUCGUCGACUCAGAAUUGUGAAAGCACUUUCCCCUUGGGCUCUCUGGGUGGGUUGGCAGAGAAGGAAGAAGAUGUGCCCGAGCAGCCAAAGACUAACGCCACUGCUGAGGCAUCCGCAGGUGACCCUCCGAAAGCGGAGCUGUCAUCUAUCACUAUUGAAUAAGUCACGGUUGGUUUUGCAUUUUUGUUCUUUGGAAAGUGCCUGUGUUUGGUCCUGUACAUUUUAAUUUAAUUUUUUUUUAAAAAAAAACAAAAGCGGGGAGAUUUUCCCUUUUUACUUUGUAAGCUACGCUUUAAACCGAAAACUGCAACAGAUGUUACGUUAUUUUUCAUGACUGAGCGAUCACUUCUGUGAAACUAUUUAAGACUGAGUGCACAAAAAAGAUCUUGUCAGAACAUCGUGGAAGCUGUGAUACACUUCUAAAGAAGAACCUGUUGAUUCAGAUCACUUUAACUAUUUCUUCUUCCACAGUUAGAAGAGCUCAUUAAGUUUCUCUUGCUUCUGCAGCCCCUUUGCUUAAGGGAAAGAAAUGAGAGGAAACCUUUAUUAAAUGACAAACAAAAGGAUGCAUUGGAAACCAUUUAUCGAACAGUUUUGACUAGUUUUGAGUGGAUUGCUUGAAUCUUCUGCUUAUAAAAUGACACUUCCUGACUCUGUGCCUGCUGGUUUUCAAAGUGCUUACUGCAAGCCUUUGCUUGGGACCGGUAAGCAUUUUUGAAACUAAGUCACACUCUUUUUAAAAACACAUUGUCCCUUUUCAUCUCAGAUGAAUCUGUUUUGACAAAGCAAGUGAUGUCACGCCAGGUAUUCCCACUCCUUAUAUUCCAGUCCUUUUAGAAACUGCUUGAUCGAGUAAC